GUAUAAACGUGUGAGAGUCUAGAUUGUUUUGUUGACGUCGCCAAUUUGAGAGGUAAAAAUGAGCGCCGUCCAAGAGGAUCAGGACCGCAUACAGAAGCGUGUCAAUAAAAUAUUGGAGACGCGCCUCGAAACGGACAAGGACACAUUGGAUGCCCUGAAUGGCCUGUCCAGCUUCUUCACAGAGAAUACGCUGCAGAAUCGCCGAAAUUUGCGGAGUCAAAUCGAGCAACGAUCCGUUGGCAUCAACGAGAACUUUUUGAAGGCAUUUCGGGAGGUGAAGUUGACGCUGGAUGCUGUCUGCACGGAUCUGGACACGAUGGCCACAUCGGUGCAAAUGAUGAAAACUGAUCUGGAGACAUCGAAAGCGCUGACCAAAGAUCUCAUCGAGCAGACAAACAAAAUGCAGGAGGAGCGGGAACGUUUGGAGAUUCAUCAGCAAAUUGCGCAGGCAUUUCUAACACGCUUUCAGCUCAGCGUGCCGGAGCACCAAUUGCUGUAUGGCAGCGCCAAGGAUGCGCCCAUUGUGCCGGAGUUCUUCAAGGUAUUGGAUCGGGUGCAGUCGAUUCAUUCAGAUUGCCGGCUGCUUAUGCAGUGCGGCUAUCAGACGGCCGCUCUGGACAUCAUGGAGGAGAUGACGCUGCAUCAGGAGGGCGCACUGGAGCGCCUCUAUCGCUGGACCCAGAACCACUGCCGCAAUCUGGAGAACAAUGAAAUUGGCCCCCUGAUCGUGGAGGCCAUGAGUCGAUUGCAGGACAGACCGGUGCUCUUCAAGUAUGUCAUCGAUGAGUAUGCGAUUGCACGCCGUGCUGUGCUCGUGCGCCAGUUUAUUGAGGCCUUGACCGAAGGUGGUCCCGGCGGGAAUCCCAAGCCUAUUGAGCUGCACGCCCACGAUCCCAAGCGUUACAUUGGCGACAUGUUCGCCUGGCUGCACCAGAGCAUACCCAACGAGAAGGAGAAUCUGACGCUGCUCUUCAAGAAGUGCGAUAAGCACGAUAUAUCGGAGCAAAUGCAAAAGGCGCUCAGCUAUAUAGCCGAUGGCGUCUGUCAUCCGCUCAAGGUGCGCGUGGAGACGAUACUGAGCUCGGAGCCGGAUACCAUCGUAUUGUUCACCAUUUCGAAUCUGUUGCGCUUCUAUCAGCAGAUCAUGAAACAGGUGGUGCAAGGCGGCAGCCUCGAGCAGUGCCUCAUCGAGCUGCAGCAGAGCAGUGAGCAGAUCUAUCUAAAUGCCUUGGCCAGCCAGGUGCGCAGCGUCCUCCAGCGACCAGCGGGCAGCAGUCUGGCGCUGGAGCCGCCACAACGUGAUUUGGUGCCGCCGCCGAGUGUGGCACGACUCCUCAACAUUCUCAAGGAGAUCCUGUCGGUGGCAACAAUGGUGGAUGGUCGCCAGGCGGACAUUACGAAGAUUGUGACGUGCGUGAUUGAUCCGCUGCUGCAGUCGGUGCAGGAGAGCGCCGCCCACCUACCCACAGUGGAUAUGGCUGUCUAUUUGCUCAAUUGUCUCUAUCACAUGCAGAGCACGCUGGCUGUCUUUGAGUAUAUGGAUGAGCGGGUGGAGCGCUUGCAGGCCCAGUCGGAUGCACAGCUGGACACGCUCACCUCCGAGCAGGCAUCCUCGCUGGUGGCCAAUCUGAAUCUGGGACCGAUCUACACCAUAUUGCAGAGCAAUCAGACCAAAAUUGAGACGAAUCUGUUGAAGAUAUUCAUGUCGAAAAUGGAUGCGUUUCUACAGCUGCCCGAUGUGCUGCUCCUGCCGCAGGUCCAGCUGAUCAUGUCCAGCUCGCAUCGCAGCACAGUUCAGCGCCGCUCCUUCAAUGUCAUCGUGGCCAUCUACAAGCAGAUCUAUGAGCGUGUCCAUGAUCCCGCAAAUGGUUUUGAGCAGCCCGAGGCGUUGCUCCACAAGACGCCCGAUCAGGUUGCUCGCAUCUUGGCCAACUAAUUGGAAGCGGGACAUCCAUCAGCUUAAUAUACGUAUUCCAAUAUAUCUAUAUAUAUAUCUUCUAUGCAAUAUAAAUGUAUCUGUUUAAUUUAUUGUUGUAUGGAUUUCUUCUCUUCUCUUUGAAUGUGAAAUUAAGCAGACAAGUACAAGUACAGUGGGCAUUCAAUACAGUCGUCUAAUGAAAACCAAAUGCUAACUUUUUGCACUAAAGUCAAAUUCAAAAACAGUUUUCUUUUUUGAUUAUUUUCAAACUUUAGUAUAAGCAGUACUCAAUCUUUCGAUACUACUGUUAGUACAGUACAUAUUCAUUACAUAGAUACCAUUUAAAUGUUGCAUAUUUCCUUAUAUUGGUCUGUUUAUCUAAAAUUGUUUGAGUCUAAUAUAAACAAUUCUUGCGCUUAAGUGUAGUGUUUGGUAAUAUUUAUUUGAAUAGAGUACUAUUUAUAAUUAAUAAACAAAAAUGUAUUAAGUUAAGCAUACUCUGAAUGCUUACAUAAAAGAUUUCUCCAGAAUUUGCAGAAAAAAUGGUUUUUGCUUUGAAUACACAUUUUGCAAGAUCGAAA